AGCGAACGUUAGCCGGAAGCUGGUCGUAUUAUUAGAGAAAUUAUUCAGUUUUACUUCUAGUUUACGUUGUUAUCGGUGUAACCGUUUGAGGUGCCUUGGGUAAAGUUACUGGUUUAUCUUAAAUCAAUUCGGUGAUCUUAAAUCAAUAAGUUUACACGUAUCUAAAAGCUAAUGCUGAUGCUAACCUAAGCUAAAGCUCGAUAGCUUUGUUAACCUAGCUCACUCUGAGCUUGGUUAGUUGGCAGGCUUUGUCAUCUAUUGUCUUAUUUAACUAGACACAUUAACACACUUGUUUUGGAUUUGGUUAAAUACAGUGUGGGGAAGGACAAUAAACCACUUGCCCUACCACAUACCAAGACUAGCAAGCGAUGGUGGCUUGCUGCUAGCUUAUUAGCUCUCAUUAAUACCAGACUUAUGUAUUCAGUAAAACAGUAUUGACUUUGAGCUUGACAGCAUGCUGCAAUGAUAGGAGCAUUUACAACUUUGUCUGUUCUCGGACUGAGUUGUUGAAACAAGGAGCUGGUUAAACUUUUAACCUGUCGUAAUUGAAGUUAGAGUCAUUCCUUAUGGCAGCUCUUGGCUUUACUCCUGCCAGCGGGCAGGAUGUUUUCAGCAUUGAACCAACUGAGCAGCCCAGCUCUACAGCAAGCUGUGUGAUUAGUGGGAAAGAGGCCAGGCAGUUCUACGAAAAUUUAAUGAAAGAUGGUGGAGGGCAAGAAGUAUCAAGGAGUACAGUUGGCAAGAGAGAUCAUGGCAGAAAGCAGCAGAAUAAGCAGAGUAAUAGAGAGUCUAAUAGAAGAGCUAGGAGGAGAGCCAGGGCUGCAGAGGUCCAGCAGGGUCACACUGAUUCUGUUGUGCAAAGAGGGAUAACUGGUGAAGGUGAAGGCGAUCACAGACGAGAGACAAGCAACUCAGAAAGGUCCGCAGAGCUCCUGGGGCUCAGGCUGCUGCGCUGUGCCCAUGGGGGGGACAUCUCUGGCCUCAAAGACCUGCUCUCAAAAGGGGUCGACAUCAACUUCCAGGACACAUUCUUCUGGACUGCCAUGAUGUGUGCAAGCUGGUCAGGACAAAGAGCUGCGGUGAGGCUGCUGCUGCAACAAGGAGCAGCCUGGGUCGGAGUGGUUGACACACAGGGCAGGGAUGCCAGAGACUUGGCACUGGAAGCUGGCCAUAAUGAUGUUUUUGAGGAGUUCGAGAGCUAUGGGAGAUGUACAGAGACAGAGACACAGUCUGAUAACAGUGCCGCCCAGCCUCAGUGGUGUGAUGUGUGUCGGACCAAGUACAGCGGCAGCCUGUCAGCACAUUUCUCCUCCACUCUGCAUCAGUUCAGUUUGCAGCGUCCUGCACCGACACCCUACUACUGCCUCCCUCCCUCCAGCAACAGCUUUAAGAUGAUGGUUCGUUGUGGCUGGACACCAGGGACGGGGCUGGGCCCAGAGGGUGAGGGUACAAAACGACCAGUUCCAACUGUGCUGAAGAGAGACCAGCAAGGCCUUGGGUAUGGACAGAUGAAAAGAGCCAAAGUCACUCACUUCCAGGCCAGAGAUCAUGAUGCAGUGAAAAUACAACCAAAAGAGAAAGAGGUAAUGGGAGGAAAAGGACUGAAAAGGGCGGAAAGUAGGAGAAAAGAGCAGCAAGAUAAAAACUGGGAAAGAGAUUUCCGUGCCUCUUUCUAUCUUUGACAGCUGCUCAGAGGGACUUUUCUACAUGCCCUCUCUCCCAGACUCAUUUAAAAGUAUCUCUGAAUCAUUAAAGAGAUGCAUCACAAUGUUAUUCUGUUUUGUUUUAGUGUGUUGUAUUCAGAGUAAUACAUGUAUUACACACAGCGUUACGUCUUACAUCUCCUGUUGAUCUUUAUUUCCUUGUUGUGCUGGCAGCCGGUCGUUUGACUCCAUUUCUAAACUAUUGUUAGUUACUGUUUGCACUCAAGAACGCGUGUAAAGUCUGAUCUGAGUCAAAAAAAGUCAACAGUCCAGCAGUGUUAAACAUCUUUUACAACUGAUCAUCCACAGGCUUUUAUUGUCAACAGACAGACGAAGAAGGAUUCAUUAUUCAUGUCGCAUUUACAAUCCGCUCACAUCUGGCCGUUAAAGACAAUGAUUAAUACAAGUAAAUUGAUACGUACAUUACGUGGAAACCCUUCAAAGGAUUGCCACUGUAUAAAAAUGUAACAGCGGUUUCCUUCUUUGGAGUAUCGGUCAGCCUGCAGAUGUUGGCUGCACUUGUAUUUUUGUGUCUACCUAUUAAUGACUAAAUGCUGUUCUGUCCAAUUUCAUAGCAGUGCCAGUGUGAAUAUCAGCUUUUACUUUAAACAUUGCAGAGGUGUAAAGAAGUUCAUCCAGUCACUCUGCAGCCUCAGUCAUUAGAAAAGCAUCUCACUUGAUUUCAGUAUGUAAUUUCUGCCGCUAGUUAAAUGUUAUUAGCUGGUAGUUGAUAGCCACUGAGAGCCAACCAAAGAAAAACGCAUGAGUAACAUUACACAUUGAGUCCUAGCAUCCAUCCAGGUCAUCUUGAUGAAGGUUUUAAAGCUGCCGGAUGGUGUUUUUCAACAGAGCAUAAUCUGAAAACCUUUACCCUACCUCAAUGCUGAUACUGUGUCCCUUUAUGGAAGCACUUGGGUUCCUGCUAUCAGGUUGUAUUGACCAGCCUUGGUUGAUUUUUAUCUUCAUCGUGAUUAUGUGACAUUAUUUGUACCACUGACCCACUGAGACUGUUUCAAAUGUGACAUGAAUGGAUUUUGAUUUGUUACUUAAGCCUCACUGAUCCAACAAACAUCACUGUGUACACAGGUUAUGGGUCAUGAUUCAAGGAAGGACAUGUUUUUGACGUCAGAGCUAUAUUGAUAUGUUUUCUAUGGAUAUAAAGUAUAAAAUAUUA